AUUAAACAGUUUUCAGAUAGAUAGUGCACAAUUCCUUUAAUUCAACAUAAUAUUUUACUGACAAAGAAAGAAUAACAAAAUAAAUCAAAGUGAGACGUUAAAAAAAGAUCCAGUGAAAUAAAAAGUUUGUGAAUUAUACUAUAAAGCAGAUACAGCAACAGAGAUCAUGAGAGGCAUAAGAAAUUCCAUAAGUCUUCAUAAAUUUGCAACAUCUCCAAAAAAUCGAACAGCGUACUUGUGCUUAGUGGCAUCACAGCAACUUCACAACAAUAAUAAUAGUAAUAAUAUCUAUAGCUGCUUACAUCAAGGAAACUCAAUAAGCCUAACAAAUGUUCGAUAUUUUCAUUUAACACAUGUCUGUGAUAAGUCUUCUACAAAGGAUCCCACUAAUGGAAACGAUAAAAGUUCAUCAAAUACACCAACAAAUGGGGGUGGUUCCAGCAGCAGCAAUGGAGGUGAUAAGGGAAAUAAUGGUAAAGACAAAAAGAAUACAUUGUCAUGUCCAAAAUGUGGUGAUCCAUGCACUCACGUUGAAACAUUCGUGAAUGCAACAAGAUUUGUAAAAUGUGAGAAAUGUCAUCAUUUCUUUGUGGUGCUUAGUGAAAUGGAUUCCAAGAAGACUGUCAAGGAGGAGUCAAUUAAAGGAACAAAAAAGCCUCCACCACCCCCAAAAAAGAUUAUGGAAUAUCUUGAUCGACAUGUUGUGGGACAAGAGCUUGCUAAGAAAGUACUUUCUGUAGCUGUUUAUAAUCACUACAAACGAAUCUAUCAUAAUUUACCUCCACCAGCAUCAAGCAAUAAUUCGUCACAAUCUAUUGAUUCAAUUAGCAGAGGAAACGAUUUGUUGCACAUUUCUGGCAUUGGGCAUACUAUGAUGAGUUCAGCUCCAACGGAAGUUCCAAGACCACCACUUUCACCACCACAACAGCAUCAUCCAGGAUCUGAGUUAUUGGAUGAGAAGAAUCAUGCUUUGAAAUUGGAAAAGAGUAAUAUUUUGAUGUUAGGUCCAACUGGCUCGGGAAAGACUUUAUUAGCACAAACUAUCGCCAAAUGUUUGGAUGUUCCAUUUGCCAUUUGUGACUGUACUACAUUGACUCAAGCUGGAUAUGUUGGCGAAGAUAUUGAAAGUGUUAUCGCUAAGUUACUUCAAGAUGCUAAUUAUAGCGUCGAAAGAGCUCAAACCGGAAUAGUUUUUCUUGACGAGGUCGAUAAGAUCGGAGCAGUGCCAGGAAUUCAUCAAUUACGUGAUGUUGGUGGUGAAGGUGUUCAACAAGGAAUGCUCAAAAUGCUUGAAGGAACCAUCGUUAAUGUUCCCGAGAGAAAUUCUCCACGUAAAUUGCGUGGCGAGUCUGUACAGGUUGAUACAACAAAUAUUCUUUUUGUCGCUUCUGGUGCUUAUACAGGGCUGGAUCGUCUCGUUGCUAGACGCUUGAAUGAAAAGUACUUGGGAUUCGGAAUGCCAGCAACAUCGUCUGAGGGACGUCGUGCAGCUCAAGCAAGUGCCGCUCCAAUGGAUAAUGAUCAAGUCGAACGUGAUGCGAAUUUAAAGAAAGUUCAAGCUAGAGAUUUGGUUGAAUUUGGAAUGAUACCCGAAUUUGUUGGACGUUUUCCUGUUCUAGUUCCAUUUCAUUCAUUAGAUAUUGAUAUGUUAGUAAGGAUUUUAACGGAGCCUAAAAAUGCUCUCGUUUCACAAUACCGUGCUCUGCUUGGAAUGGAUCAAGUUGAGCUCACAUUCUCAUCCGAAGCUUUAAAAGCUAUCGCAAAACUAGCUAUGGAGCGUCAAACAGGAGCAAGAGGAUUACGAGCCAUUAUGGAAUCGUUGCUUCUUGACCCAAUGUUUGAAGUUCCGGGCUCAGAAAUCAAGGGUGUUCAUAUAACAGAGGAAUGUGUUUUGGGAUCAUCUCCAAUUUACAUCCAUCGCUCAACCAGUGCAUCAUCUUCGUCAGAUAAUCCAGAACAGACAGGUACAACCACAGAAGAGGAGGAAAAUAGAAAAUACCGCGUAAAGCAAUGAGACUAGGAAAAAAAUUUUAAUUGAUUUGCAGCAUCCUUAUUGUUUUCUUCUAUAUACCUACUUUUUUGGUUAAUAAGUUACUUUAAAAAAAAAAGAUAUGAAAUAUUUUUUUUUCUCCCGGUUAUUUCAGAUUUCUGCUCUAGUAUGUUAUGAUAUAUUU